AAAAAACAGACUUCCUAAACUCUAUAUCGGUUACUAGAUCCUGAAUCUCAAAAACUAGUUUAAAAUAACUGGGGAUAUUAUGUAAUCAAUGGGUAUCCUAAAUAUAAAAUUCUAUUUACUAUAUUAAUAGUAAAUAGAAUUUUAAAGUAGACAAGUCGAGAAAAAGAUGGUUGAAUCAAAAUAAUUUUUUUUUAAGUUAUAUUUAUGUCAGAGGACAAUAUGAAUGUUCUAUCAUAUUCAAUCAACGCACUAAAGGGGUUAUAUGAUAUAUCUGGUGUGGAAGUAGGCCAACAUUUCUAUUGGCAAAUAGGGGGUUUCCAAAUCCACGGCCAGGUACUUAUAACUUCUUGGGUUGUAAUUGCUAUCUUAUUAGGUUCAGCGGCUAUAGCUGUUCGCAGUCCACAAACCAUUCCGACUGGCGGUCAAAAUUUUUUUGAAUAUGUUCUUGAAUUCAUUCGAGAUGUGAGCAAAACUCAAAUUGGAGAAGAAUAUCGCCCUUGGGUUCCCUUUAUUGGGACUAUGUUUCUAUUUAUUUUUGUUUCUAAUUGGUCAGGGGCUCUUUUACCUUGGAAAAUCAUACAGUUACCUCACGGGGAGUUAGCCGCACCCACGAAUGAUAUAAAUACUACUGUUGCUUUAGCUUUACUCACGUCAGUAGCCUAUUUCUAUGCGGGUCUUACAAAAAAAGGAUUAGGUUAUUUUGGUAAAUACAUUCAACCAACUCCAAUUCUUUUACCGAUUAACAUCUUAGAAGAUUUUACAAAACCUCUAUCACUUAGUUUUCGACUUUUCGGAAAUAUAUUAGCGGAUGAAUUAGUAGUUGUGGUUCUUGUUUCUUUAGUACCUUUAGUGGUUCCUAUACCUGUCAUGUUUCUUGGAUUAUUUACAAGUGGUAUUCAGGCUCUUAUUUUUGCAACUUUAGCCGCAGCUUAUAUAGGCGAAUCCAUGGAGGGUCAUCAUUGAUUAGUCUCUUAGGAAGAGCCUAUCUUUUAGUUUAGAUUCAGGUAAUAUCUGUGUAUGUGUGGCUCAAGAUACUCUAUCUUGAUAAUUUAGAGCAUAUAAAUAGACAAAUACAUACAGUUUAAGGGUAAUAGAAAAAAACGAUAUUCGAGAGGGGGGGCCAGGUAUGUGGAUAAUGACUAUAAGUUAAUUCUUUCAGAUUAGAUGUUUCAAAGAAUAAUUCAAAAAUCCGAUUGAAUUAAAAAUAUAAUAGACGGUUUACGUUAUGUAAGAAACAUAUGUAUAUUUUAUAUUAGAUAUUGACAAGUUAUAUAUGAACUCAAAUUUAGUAAUAUUUAAUUUGUCCUACUUGAAUUUCGAUAGAGAUACCAACCGAAGUCCUUCCGUUUCGUUUAUGACUGCGAAUUGAAUGAAGAAAAUAAAGAAAAAGAUCAAAGAAUGAUUAAUGAUUAGAAAAAGGAAAUGGAAAAGCUUAAGUUGUAUUGAUUCAGAACGACUCAACAAAUAGGAACUAAAAAAGAUGAAAUUUUUCUAAUGAUCUAAUAAUAGUAUUAUUUCCAUUUUCAAUUUGUCGUUUUUAGUUAUUUCGACUGGAUGAAUCUUAGCAAUGGAAUAAUUAAGUCAUAAUGCAUUGGUUGAUUGUAUCAUUAACCAUUUCUUUUUUUUUGUGUGAGGAACUUAUCAUGAAUCCACUGAUUUCUGCCGCUUCCGUUAUUGCUGCUGGAUUGGCUGUAGGGCUUGCUUCUAUUGGACCUGGAGUGUAUUUGCGAGACAGCCCGAAGCAGAGGGAAAAAUACGAGGUACUUUAUUACUUAGUUUAGCUUUUAUGGAAGCUUUAACAAUUUAUGGAUUGGUUGUAGCAUUAGCGCUUUUAUUUGCAAAUCCUUUUGUUUAAUCCAAGAAAAAGAAAAGAAAUAUGAGAAAUACAUAUAUCUUUUCUAUUCUUGGACUUGCAGGUUGCUUUUUCUCAUUAUAGUAAAAUAUCGCUCCUACACAAUUACUUAAUUUGUUGAAAAAAUAAUCCACGGGAAGGACUUAUUUGAGGAUGAAGAAUUCGUGUUACCCACUCGCUUUCUUCCUUCCUUCCCCUUCUUAAUUCGAAGGAGAAGUGUUGCAACAAGGGAGGGUAUUUCGCAAUUCACAUGAAACCUAGUACCUAAUUAGUAAUUCGAUUCCAAUAAGUUAAGUAUUAUUCUUAUUGGGAAUUUUUUAAUCUCAAUUAAAAAAAAAAAAAGAAAA